GUUUUUUCAGUGGCAUUGUUUCAUGGGGAGGAAAUACAUGAAGAUUUACAUUUAAUGGUCACUCAGAGCCCAGAUGAGUCACAUGUUGUAGUUUAUGGUGAAGUACGCUCUUCAAGAGGAGAUCAAAGUCAUCAGUGUUACAUUACAAUUUGUGCAGGACCUACCUGGCACCCAUGUGCGAUUUGCAAGAAUUCGUCUCUUGGUGAAAGAACAGAGCUAUGUUCGAAACAUUCUUUUGUGGUUCACUUUAAAUAUGAUCUUUUACAUCCUUUCCCCUUAUUUAACCCUUCCAUAAAUCUGAAGAUUAAAGAUACAGUCCUCUUCAACACUGGAGACUUCUUGAUGGCAUUAAAACUGUUAACUUCCAAGAGCACAAUAAAGAAUACACAGGAGCUUCACAAGAUUUUAUUUCCCCAUGGAAAAUACUGUGCUUCAAAGUUGUGCACUCCAGUACCUAAUGGUAGUAUACAGGAUAACUCAGACACAAACAGUGAUAGUGGAGAAGAUUGCAAGUCAUGUUUGGCUUCAAGGGAACUGCGUGUUGGUAUACAGUCUGCUAAAGACACAAAAGUGAGUUGUAAUGAAAAAGUUGACUUCACAGCAAGCUCUGGAACAAACCUUGGUGCAAAUUCAAGUUCAGAUGCCAAAGCUGAUGUAAUGAACUCAAAUUGUACCUUGUACAAUGAUGUCGAAAGGAGCAAGAUUGUAUCUGCCUUUGCUAAUGAGCUGGAUCAAAUACAUAAUGAAAAGAUUAAAGUCCAUGACGACAAAGACUUUUCACCUACUCAUUGUACCAUGAGUGUGAGAAAUUGUCAUGACCUGUGCUACAAAGGACUUUGUGCUCAAGGGGAUUGUGUUGUUAAAGGAAGUAACCAAGUAAAGUGUAAUAGGUCUUGUGCUGGCAAUUUAUCUUUUGACUCAAAUCAAGGUUUGGGAAACACAUGUAAUGUGAAUUCAUUUCAAAGCUUGGAUGCGACAGAGGGUUCAAGUACAUGUGCUAACAUUUCUGGUGAUUCAUCAAGUAUCAGUCAUGUCUCCGCCAAAGAUAAGUCUGAUAAAGCACAUUGUGACUUUGCUUGCUCACAUUGCUACAGUUCUUAUGAGUACAAUAACGUUACAGCUGCACCAGUUGUAAACAACAACAAUCUGACCUCAUCUGUUUUCAAAUUGUAUGAAGAAACUAGCAAUGAUUCUAGCUAUGAUGAACUUCCUGAUCUGGCAAAUGAGUUUGACAUGUAUGAUGGCUCCCUGUCACUAACAGUUGAAAAACGUUGUGGUAGUGCCCCCUUAAAACAAGUGGCUAAAAUAAACCAAAGCAACCCAAAUGCAGAAAUGUUUUCAGUCCUCAAGAAAGGUCUUGAAAGUAAUAAGCAAGGGAUGGCUAUUCAGCAAACAACGCUUGACUUAGAGCAAUGCAUCAGUGAAUUAAUCCAGGCUCAUGAAGAUCUACGGCAAAGCUAUAAGUCCCUGAAGGACUAUGAUGUCCAGGUGAUCACUGCGUGUCCGGACAGUGGAGAAGUGAUCGCACUUGCCAGGCUUCUGGUUUUCACACGCGUUAAGCAACAAUCAGCGACCUGUGGUCUGUCUGUAAGUCCAAGCCCUGUAUUACAGAAGGUAGGAUUCAUAUUUUCCUGGAAUGUAUGGAGUGGUGACGUGAAGAUUCUUCAAACUCUUGGAUUGGAAACCUGCCCUGAGCGAACUCGAUAUACCAAGUUUAACAUGGCCGCUAAAGAAGCUUGUGAGCUUCGUGCGAAAUUUUCCAUCCCUCAAAGCAUUCCAUCGAUUGUGCAGGCGUUUUCUAAUCACACUGUAUUUACAGGAAAGUCUCUGAAGUAUCUCAGGCAUCCAUUCCUUCCACUGGUUUUAGUGCUGUGAAAUGUUGCUGAAUCAAGACCAAUUUUCAAUCAAGCGUCGAAAAUAAUUCGGGAUCGCCUUGUUUUGCGUUAUUUCGCUAUUUGACUGCCUCUCAAUCAAUCAGACGCGAAACUGAAGUAAGUCCUUAUUAGGUCAUUCGCGUUUGGUACUUUGAGUUCCGAUGGAGGGGGUCUGAUCACUUAGCGAAAGAAGUGACGGGAAGGCGGAAACAUCUGGCAGAUGUCGCGUUAAGAGCAAACAAACGAGAAGACUGUUAAGUGUCAUAACUUAAACGGAAAGAACAAUAGUAUCAAAACACUUGACAUUUAUAAUGUUUUGGGAGUUAGAUGCGCGAUAUGUAUUCAUUAGUCAAGUUGUUACUACCAUAUUUUCAAUUUAACUUUAUUGUUUCAACAAAACGUGUUCUUCCACAUUUCGUAGUUGCUACGUACAUAAAAUCUUCCCUCCGGAAAUUCCAUGGUUAUAAUUAAAUAUCAAAUACUGUG